AGCGCAUCCGCCAAGCCCGUUCCGUCGGCGGUUGACGACGACGUUCGCUCAGGCAGUCAGUUUUAUCUCCAUCUUCAUCCUCACCUCUUCCCUUCCGGGAGAUCCUUUGCUACGGUGCUCGUUUCUCUUUUCCCCUCGGUCCAUUCCUCUACCGCGCUUCCCUGUCGUGUGCGUAUCUCUCUCUCUCCGUUCCCUCGUCGACAAUUCUUUCCCCCUCCUUUGUCCUUGCCCGGCCGGUUCGUCGCUCGUUCGUCCUAUCAUCCCGGUUUUCUAGGGGCCGAUCAAUUCCAAGGCAGAGGGGAAAAAAUAAAAAAAUAAAAAGUCGCGACUAACGAUAGAAUUCUCUUUUUCAGCCCACUCUCUUUUAAUACUCAGUCGCUACAGCAUCGGAUAUUUCUCUCCAUUUGAUGAACCUCGCUCUCCCCUGAUCGAAUCCAAUCCGAUUCUCCUUUAACCGCCGACGCCAGACAGAACUUCCCUCCUUCCCCGAAACCUGCGAUCGCCUUUUAUCUGUCGGAUUUCUUUUCCUCUCAGCAACGCGCUGGAUGAUUACUGCGAUAUUUGCCUCUUCCAAUGCACAGACGCUCGUCUGGCUCGCCUGUCGAGGACGACGCUGAAGAAUCUUUGGCUUCUCGAACUCCGAACGAAUCAAGCUAUGGUCCCAAUGUCGCCGACUCGCCGGAGAAAUCGCGCCCGCAGGUAGCCCGCACAGGCACCAGCUUUGAGCUGCGUCGAGACAACGCCGGCGCAUCCACCCCACGCUCUAGAAACUCGAGUAUGUGGAGAACGCCGGCGUCUGUUGCGUCGCCGACGAACCUUGGCCAUUCCGACACCAAAUCUUCCUCCGUCAUGAUGCCAUUGGCGUCCCAACGACUCCCAAUGGAACCGUCGCCAGACGCCCAGUCCCGAUCUCGACCGUCCCGCCUCCGAAGCCCGUGGCCGUGCUCGAUCUUAACCGCCGUGACCACCUGCGUCGCCUCCGUCUUCCUUUUCUUCAUCCUCCGUUCCUUUUCGACUCGGCAGUCUGGUGGAGAUGGUUGCGGCAUACCGGUCAUGAGUCCGUCGUUUCUCCAUAUGGUGGGGUUUGACACGGAACAUACGCGCUUUGCGAGCAAGUAUAAUCUGUAUCUGUACCGAGAGGCUGGUGUCGACCCAUAUACUCAGGAAAACCUCGGGUUGAAUGGCGCUCCCGUCCUAUUUCUCCCCGGAAAUGCCGGGAGCUAUCGACAGGUCCGAUCUCUAGCGGCCGAAGCGUCGAGACACUACGCCGAUGUGAUUCGCCAUGACCACGAGCGUCUCGCGGCCGGAACCCGAAGCUUGGACUUCUUCAUGAUCGAUUUCAACGAAGACAUGGCGGCUUUUCACGGACAGACACUGGUCGAUCAAGCCGAAUACGUCAAUGAGGCCGUGGCCUAUAUCCUCUCGCUUUACCACGACCCGCGACGGUCGUGGCGGGAUCCCGAUCUCCCGGAUCCCAGCUCCGUCAUCCUCGUCGGACAUUCCAUGGGAGGCAUUGUCGCACGUACAACACUGACUAUGCCGAACUACCAAGCCAAUUCGGUCAACACCAUCGUCACCAUGUCUGCGCCCCACGCAAAACCUCCGGUAUCAUUCGAAUCCGACGUCGUCCAAACCUACAAACAAAUCAACGAUUACUGGCGCGAGGCCUACUCUCAGACUUGGGCCAACAACAACCCCUUGUGGCAUGUGACGCUCAUUUCGAUUGCGGGCGGCUCACGGGAUACGGUCGUUCCCUCGGAUUAUGCGAGUAUAUCGUCUCUUGUCCCGGAGACCCAUGGCUUCACCGUGUUUACGUCCACCAUCCCGGACGUCUGGAUCGGGAUGGAUCAUCUGUCUAUCACUUGGUGCGAUCAAUUCCGGAAAGCGAUUAUCAAAUCAUUGUUCGAGGUGGUCGAUGUGCGACGUGCCAGCCAGACGAAGCCGAGGGCGCAGCGGAUGCGCGUUUUCAAGAAAUGGUACUUGACCGGACUGGAGCCCGUGGCGGAGAGAACCCUACCGCAAAAAGGUAACAAUUCUCGAACUCUAUUGUUGCUUUCUACUAAAACUAAUACAAUAAUCCCUGUAGAGCCGAACUCUCUCUUGACCCUGGAGGAUCAAGCCAACGCGAUAUUACCCCAAGGGCAACGGCUUACUCUCCGAGAACUCGGUCAUCGCAAUGGUCCCAAUGUGCAUCUUAUGCCGGUCCCUCCGCAGGGGGUUCCGGGAAAGAAAUUCACUCUGCUCACCGAUCAGCCAUUCGAGAGAGCCGGGGAUCAGAGCAAUCUGGAGGUCCUCUUCUGCAGCGUGCUCCCUUUGCAGAAUGGAAAAUUCUCCAGCAUCUUUUCCAUGAACGUGGACUUUUCCGGUGGCGGCAUGGGCUCUUCGGGCUCUACGCGGCUUGCCUGCAAGAACGCCGCUGACGAUGCGAUCCAUCUGCCAGCGUCGACACCCGCCUCGAAACACCCCUAUGAUAGAGUCCAGCCCUAUUCCUAUCUCCAGUAUGACUUGGAGGAUCUGGCGGAGCAUCAGUUUGUGGCGAUCAUCGACAAGGCCCAUUCACCGACCAAAGGAUGGGUGCUGGCCGAAUUUUCGGACAGUUCGGAUGCCGUCAUCAGAGCUCGCAUCGGCUUGGGCAGUUUGCUCAGUGCUGGAUUGAAGAUGCGACUGCCGGCCAACCGUCCCAUGCUCACGGAGGUUAAAAUCCCCGCCUUGUAUUCCAGUCUGCUAGACUACAAACUCAAGAUCGUCCAACGAGGCCCCAAGGGCCAGCAGGAACUCUUUGCUCCCCUCCUGCGGCAGUCUAUUCCGGAUCCGCACGAGUCCAAGUUCUUCGUCAAUGUGAAGGAGGUCAACGUGAAUCUGCACGGACUGGCACCGUUUAUGCCCCCUCCGCUUCGCGACCAGGCAACCUACGGUGGUGUCUCCUUUCAGCUCUGGACGGAUCCAAGCAGCGGCUCCACGGUCGACCUCUCAUUGUCGGUGGACAUUCUCGGCAGUCUAGGAGAGCUGGUGAUGCGUUAUCGUACUGUUUUUGCUGCAUUUCCCGUCCUUGUUAUCGCUCUGGUUCUGCGAAAGCAAUUUCAAGUGUACGACGAGACCGGCUAUUUCCUUACCUUUGCAGAGGGCUUAGAUCGCUCCUUGCGGUCUUCCUUGCCCGCUCUCCUACUGUCCAUGUCUCUCCUAGCUUCCUCGUUAGCCACUUCCAGCAAGUUGCCGCCGAGCGAUGACCCUUUUCAUUGGCCCGUGAAUGCCACCGAGUCCCCAAUUGACUUCACCAAGAACGACCUGCUUCUGGGCUCCCAGGACUCGUUCUUCUGGUUCUUGGUGCCCGUCUUCGGUCUAAUCAGCGUGGGUAUAUGUGUCAUUGUCAAUUACGCAGCCCUUGCUCUCAUUUUGAUUUUCACUUCUGUCUAUGGUUUUCUGAAGAGUAAAUCUGGGUACAUUCGGCGUGAUGACAAAGGGAACCUCCCGAUCUUCUCGUCUCCUACACCCAGACGACGUGUGAUCAACACAAUCAUCCUGCUGAUUCUCGUAUCGACGGCCGUCCCCUACCAGUUCGCUUAUAUGGUGGCGUGCAUCGUUCAGCUCGCAACCGCCGUCCGGGCCCAAUGGCAUGCCAAGGAAACUAAAUCUACCGCGCAUUACAAUUUCGCCAACUACAGUUAUUCAAUCUUCGUAUUUAUGCUGUGGAUCCUCCCCAUCAACAUUCUUGUGCUUCUUGUGUGGGCUCAUAAUCUGGUUGUGCAUUGGUUUAUGCCAUUCUCAUCGCAUCAUAAUGUUUUGUCGAUAAUGCCCUUCAUACUCCUCGUCGAAGCCAUGACUACAGGGACUAUGAUUCCCCGAGUCACCUCACGGCUUAAACACCUCACAUACAUGCUCUUCUUUUCUAUUGCCAUUUACUCGGCAGUCUACGGCGUCUCAUACGCCUACCUCCUCCACCAUCUCGCAAACAUCCUCGCCGCCUGGUUGAUCGGGAUCUACCUCUUCAGCAGCGGUUUCUCCAUCCGCCGAUUAUGGCGAGUCCUAGAAGGAGACGAAGUAACGCAGACCACCUCCGAACCAAGGAGUUACAUGAAGAAAAAACCAUAAAUCAAUAUCAUAUACCAUUAUCAUGUUUUGUUUCUCUUAUGGCCGGAUCAACCUUUCCAGCCCGUUUUUAUUCUCAUUGUCCAGUCUAUAUCAUUAUGUUCUUGCAUCUUACGUCUCAGACCAUAUCAUACUUCUAUGGCGUUCACUAUGGAGCGGUGUUUGGUUUUGUCUUAUCUUCCUAUUGUACAGGAUCCAUUUCAUUCCAUCUUAUAUCCCGCCUUGUUUUUGAUUCAGCAUUCAUUAAUGCUUCCCCAUCUAUCAUCCCGCCUUUGCCUUGGAAGGUCACCGGCAUUGUCCUUCUUAAUAAUCCUCAUCAUGCCAUCGCUGUACCUCUUCUACGCCCGGUCUGUAUAUACGGUGGAUCCUGGAUAGAAUCUUCGUGGCCAGGAAGUGAUUUUCAUUUUUACCUUACCUCUUGUACGCAGAUCAGCACGGUUUAUAGAGUUGAGUGAUUAGGAACUGAUAUACACAUGCGUACAUACACGUCUCAUCCUCCCUGGUUUUUGUUGUUACUGCAAAGUGAAACUUCGUCUAUCAUCCCCUAGAUUUCGAAACCUCCACCGCAAAUGUAUGAUCAAUGGUCAAUUCAAUACCCUGGUUUGAAGCGCUAUAUGACCAGAUCUUAAGAAUUCCCAAACUGUGCUGGUAUGUGUAUACAUUCAAUGUCUUUGAUUUCUUUUCUCUUUAUGAUAUCGAAGAUUUUCUACUGUUCCCAUACCUUUCUAAAGAAUUAUGUCAUGCAUACGUUCCAAACACAUGAGGCCAAAAUAGUAUCUAUCGAUUAAACUUACACUACAAGUUGAAACUAUAUCACUAGAAAUUAGUCGUCAGCGUUGCUCGCCAGAACGUUUUGUAUUUAUUUUCUUCGCUAUUUCCUUCUUCCAAGAUAGUCCAUUCACUAUCUCAAAGCCUCCAAAUUCAUCAAGUAGAUGUAGAUGUAGUGAAAGUAGCUCGUAUUCACCAUAGUCCUUCUGGAUCACCAUUUCUAACCUUCCUCCUUAUCUCUAUCCUUUCUUCCUCCUUUUUCUUCCUAACGCUCUCAAUCCUGCAGAUUCUUUCAGACGUCCUUUGAUCCUCGUUAUCGAUGGAUGGGAUGAAACAACAAAAAUUCGAAUAUCGAUAGUACCACUCAACAGCCUAAGAAAGUAACAAGUUGUUAUUAGA